UGCGUGGUGUCGCUCCCUCCGCGCCAGUUCGCCCGGGCGGGCGCGGCGGCGGCGGCGACGGCGGCGACGGCGACAGCAGCGGUGGCGCGGAGACGGCGCGAUGCGGCGCUACCUGCGCGUCGUGGUGCUGUGCCUGGCCUGUGGCUUCUGCUCGCUCCUCUACGCCUUCAGCCAGCUCGCCGUGUCCUUGGAGGAAGGAGCGGGCGGCGGUGGCGGGAAGCCGCAGGCCGCAGCGGCUUCCUGGCUCGCGGGCGGCGGACGCGGCGCCGGGAGAGGGGCGGGCAGCGCGGGCCCCGCGGCGCAUCCCGGCCGGUCUGACAGGUGUAAAGAUUUCUCUCUGUGUUACUGGAAUCCCUAUUGGAUGCUGCCCUCUGAUGUUUGUGGAAUGAACUGCUUUUGGGAAGCGGCUUUUAGGUAUAGUCUGAAAAUGGAGCCCGUUGAGAGAGUGCAUCUAGCCGUAGUUGCCUGUGGGGAAAGACUGGAAGAAACUCUAACCAUGUUGAAGUCAGCACUUAUCUUCAGCAUCAAACCUCUUCAGUUCCAUAUUUUUGCUGAAGAUCAACUGCAUGAUAGUUUUAAAGGCAUACUUAACAGCUGGUCAUUUCUACAAACAUUUAAUUAUUCAUUAUACCCGAUAACUUUUCCAAGUGAGAAUGCAGCAGAAUGGAAAAAGCUCUUUAAACCGUGUGCUUCCCAGAGAUUGUUCUUGCCAUUAAUCCUGAAAGAAGUUGACUCACUAUUGUAUGUCGACACUGAUAUCCUUUUUUUACGGCCCGUUGAUGAUAUUUGGUCUUUACUAAAGAAAUUUAAUUCCACACAAAUUGCUGCAAUGGCACCAGAACAUGAAGAGCCUCGAAUAGGCUGGUAUAAUCGCUUUGCCAGACAUCCAUACUAUGGAAAAACUGGAGUGAACUCUGGAGUUAUGUUGAUGAACAUGACCAGAAUGAGAAGGAAGUAUUUCAAGAAUGAUAUGACCUCUGUGCGACUACGAUGGGGAGACAUACUUAUGCCAUUGCUUAAAAAAUACAAACUGAACAUCACAUGGGGUGAUCAAGAUCUGUUGAAUAUCAUAUUUUUUCAUAAUCCAGAAAGCCUUUUUGUUUUUCCGUGUCAAUGGAACUAUCGACCAGAUCAUUGCAUAUAUGGAAGCAAUUGCCAAGAAGCCGAAGAAGAAGGAAUCUUUAUUCUUCAUGGGAACAGAGGUGUUUACCAUGAUGAUAAGCAACCAGCGUUUAGAGCUAUUUAUGAAGCACUGAGAAAUUGUUCUUUUGAAGAUGACAACAUCCAUUCUUUAUUAAAGCCUUUAGAACUGGAACUACAAAAGACAGUGCAUACAUACUGUGGAAAAAUUUACAAAAUAUUUAUCAAACAGCUGUCAAAAAGCAUACAAGAUCGUUAUGAUAGACCACCAAAGGAAAGGUGAUUCUUGGUGACCGCUAAAUCAAAUGAAUUAAAACAACAAAAUAUCAGAGGAUAUGUGUGAAGGAAUAGUCUUAGAUGAAGUGUUCAGGAAGGAAUUAUUUAUCUUCAGAAUAAUUUUUUUCCCGAAGAAGCUAAAUGAGCAGUAUUUUCAUGUAAUGAAGAAUAAGUUGAAGUCUUGGACCCCAACAAGAAGAUAGUUUUGACUUCUGAUGUUUUGUAAUGCUAUUUGCUAUCAUUCUAGUAUUGAUGAAGAUAUUAUUGAAUGGUUAUAGCCUACAGACUUUGUUUUACUCUUACUCUCAAGUGGGUAAGAGCAGUAGGGAUGUAUGGUUGGAGAAAAAUGUACCUCAUACACAGUGGAAACACUCAAACUGUGAGUAUAGCAAUAAUUUUAUGUCAGCACUAACCUCACUUUAAAUGUGUGAGAAAAGAAAGUUGUUUACAGGAGCAGAAAAUGUUCUGUUUCUAAAGAAAUGGGAUGUAACUGAUGUCACUAUCGACAAUCUGUGUGUGCCUUUAUACAUUUCAUCUCUGUUUUAAAAUAUUUUUGUGACAAUCAUGCUUAAACUUAUUUUUAGUUUAUAAGUAAACUGCACAUUUAAAAUUGAGAGGGAAAACUGAAAGUUUUGAUUAUUAGUCUCUGUGUGUAUUUGUGAAACGUAGAAUUUUCAUUUGUACGUGCUUAACUGUCUUGCCAAAAGUCAUAUCUAAGAUUAUUAAUUAGGUAUUUUAGGAAAUUUUUUCUCACUUUAAAUGAAAAUUUUCAGCUUUACUGGGCAUUCUGGACACAGUAAAUAUACUGAUAAUAAAAUGAGAACCUAACGAGUGUACUUAUAUGAUGGUGGAAAAUGUGAUGGACCAAAAUGCAUAAGCUAUGUACUUCCUGUGAGCAGUCAUUAUAGUUACAGUGGAGCAGGAAAAAACUGGUCCACUGAAACCUUUGUCCUUCUACCUCAAAAUGGCUUUGCAAGAUAUUUUUGAAGAAGCAAAUAUACGUAUAGAGCCUUACUUUAAGUUAGACAACUUUCAUGGAUGAUUGGCUUCAGAAGAUUGUCACAUCUGAUUAUAGAAAAACUAGUUUUGAUUUGGUUUGAUGUGCAUGUCCUCCUUCUUUAAAUCUCACUUAAGACAGUUAUUAUUUUUUUUAUCUUGGCAAUAAGAAAAUAUUACUUCUCUGUGUUUUUGACCUGUCUUCUAUAGCUGUAGAUUCUGAGUACUUAGCAUGUACUGUGCUGGGGCACACGUCUCAUUUUACCAAGUACUGUAUGGUUAACUUCUUUUUCUCCUUUUGACAUUUUAACGCUUAAAUAGAGAAGAGAAAACCAUGAAGGAAGACGAUCACCUUUGUGAAAAUAGUGGUGAUUGGCUUUAUGAAGACACAGCGCCCUCUGUGGAGACGUGGAAGACGGUGCUCUGUCUUUGCAGUUCAGUCAGGGACAAAUUGAGAGAGGAAGGUGUAAGAAAGGCAGAUUAGAAGCUGAUGGCCAGCUCAGCACUCUUGGACAGAAGCGUUCAGAGAGCACAGUCUGUGCGUCCCUGGCAGAGCACCGUGGUGACUGUGAGAACUUGUGAACUUGUUGAAGUUGAUUUGCUAAAUAAAAAAUGAGGUCCCUAGAAUUUUGAAGUUUGGAGAGUAUAGGAUCAUUUUUAAUGGUCCCCAGGUGAGACCAUUGGUGACCUGGCUACAUUAGACUCUUGUGGGGACCUUGCUGAGAAUGGAUUCCUGGGCCUCACCUUUGGUGACUCUGGUACCCCAUGUCUAGAUGGGUCUGCACAUUACACAGAAGUAGAGAGAAUAGUACAGUGGUACUCCUUGUCCAGAUCAAACACGUCAAUAUCUUACCACAUUUGUGUCAUCUAUCCCUUUUUCCUUUGCUGAAGUAUCUUAAAGAAAAUGCCAGGCAUCAUGUUAUUUCUCCUCUGUGAACACUUCGGUAACCACAGUGACAUCAUAUCUCCUUUGGCUUCAGUUAAUAUCCAGUUCUUAGGCAGAUUUCCCUUAUUGACUACAAUGUUAGAAUCAGAGUGCAAAAAUAAGUCACAUUAUGAUUCUAUUUUUAAUAAGCACCUCAGAUGAUUUUGGUGUCGGUUAGUUUGGGAACCCCUGGAAAUCAUUUUGCCAACUUGAAGGUUGAAGUUAGGACCACAACUCUCGGCACAGUUGGUGGAUUAUAAAUGUGAUUCUGAAACAUUAGCGUAAGUACUUGGGGUUAUUGACAAGAUACAAAUUUAUAUUAGGAAGUUGCUUAGAUUUAAUUUCCUUAGUGAACAGAGACUCUUAGCCCCAUAGGCUCUAGUAUGAUUGGGACUGGGUGGAGUGUGAUCAUAGUUUAACUAGACUGUAUGCUGUGGUCUCACGCCUGUUGUACCCAUUUACACUGUUACACACUCUACAUUGUGGAUCAGUUGGAAGGUUCUUCAUGUGGUUUAUUCAGACCUGACUUAAUUGAGCGUUUUACCAUAAAUUGGGUUAUGGUGAAAACUCUCCACUUAGGGACUGUGUUUACCUGAAAGUUAGGGUAUCACAAAAAGACCUUAACAAUAUUAAAAUGAGUUUUCUGAGUUUAGAUAAGGUAACUUUUUCCUUGAGAAGUCUCAAGAAAUGCAGUUCUCAGCAUUAAUGAGGUUAAAUUCUAGAACAGCUUAGAGAACGUUUUAUAUUUCUUUCCAUAAGAUGGUGUAUCUAUGCAGUUUAUAUGAAUUACAUUCUAUAUUCUUUGAGUCUAUGUGUUAGAACAAUUCUGACCUCAGAACUAUCUCUGGGCUGCAGUAUUACCAAAGUGGAAUGACUUUAUAAUGUAGCCAACCCUCAUUUAUAUGAAGUAGCCAUCUUAGAGGAACUUGGAAAACCUUUAGAAAAUAUAUAUUGUGAUUUACAUUUUAAGAAAAUACAUACUUUUUUUUUUUCCCUGUGAAGAGUAGUUCAUAAUGUAUAUGGUAACCCACUUAUCUUUGGACACCUCAGAGCCUGAAACAAUACUACUGCUUACUCACUGCUCUCUCAUCUUGCCUUCAGUCAGAUGUUAUUGGUGUAAUGGAAAGAAAACCAGACUGUGAACUAGAUCUGGACACUCUUCUUGGUUAGGGACCCGAGGCGUAUCAUUUAACCUUCUCUGUGCCAUAAGUUUGUGAACAAUCAGUAUGCCCCUCCCACCUCAUAAGACUCAGAAGUCAUGAAGUUGAGACCCAGAAGAGAGAAUGGAUUUGCUGCAUGGCUUGUAUCAUGCCACAGCAGCAUUACUGUUGAAGUUCUGUGUUGCUCUGUUGUCUCCUGAACAGAUCAUUCUGUUUUAGGCUGAAUGUUUUUUGACAUGUUUUAUAUCUCCGGUAUGAAUUUGCUUAGAUUAUGUAAGGAAGAAUUUUUAAGGAAGAGAAAGCAAAGGAAAGAAUGAUGUAAAGGAAUGAUCAAAGGAAGAAGGAAAAGAGAGGAAGUGAGAAAAGUGAGGAAAGAGAAGGGAAUAAGAGUGAGAAUGGCCAAAGGCAGAGUGCAAGAAGAGAGGGGAUGAGAGUGGGGAAAUUGAGAAGUAGAGGUAGAGAGCGGAGGUGUGGGAACAGUCACUUUUUGAGUUGCAGCACCCCAGCCUGUACCACUGUCUGCUUGCCUUCCUCUGUUUCAGUUCACGAGGCCCUCUGGGCUCAGGAAUUGUGCUGGAUUUCAUGGAAGGGGCAACCAGGCUACCUUUGUUUGAUUUGUUGAUCCUAAAGUAUUUUCCCAGUCACUCUACUCACUGAUCAUUUAGUGCUGUGAGUCAACAUUGUAUUUUUUUUUGUAUUUUUUCGUUAAUUGGAUCCAAGUUUGUGAGCUAAGACCUGUCGAAACACAAUGACAAAUAUCUUCCUUUUUAACAUCCUUUUAGUCUUCCCAGAUGCUGAACUAUGCAGGACUGACCACAUAGAUAACACAGGAGGAGGGAAUGGCCGUAUCAGAUCUGAAGGGGGCCCAGGAAUCUAUCACAGUGGUUUUCCCAGAUGAUACUGAUAAGAAGCUAGAUUUGGGAACCACUGCCCUACCUUGAAUGAAUGGCAUCUUAAACAGUACAUCACAUCUCUUGAUUCUUCAGUAGGCAUACUUCCAGUUGUAGUGUUAGGAAUGGAUUAAAGAGAACAGGAGACAGCAGGAGUACGUUAAAUGGAAAAACCUUAAAAGAAAGUAUUCAGUGUCUUCUUUUUCAGAAGUUUAUAUUGUAAGUAAUAAACACCUUAGUGUUAAUCAGUAGUGAUUUAGCGAGACCACUGAUUUUUUUUUUUUAAAUAACUUUUGGUUCCUUAGAGUAAAAUAGAGAAGUAGGGAAGCAGUAUGUCAGGUGUGGGGCCAGUUAUCAUUUUAUUAAAUGUAAUAUCAAGCAUCUUAAACAAUUGCCUUAUUGCAUUUUAAUAUUUAAUAAAAGUAGAUUAAAUAAUGAUUAGUACUGUAACAGUUAUCCUUUUAUACAUUGCCAAAGCAACCCUUUUUUGCCUGUUAAAGUCUGGCUAAACUGUCCUGGUGUUCGUCGUUUCUUAAUUCAUUGAACAUGAAACUAGAUUUUUAUAACUAAAUUAUAUAAACUUAAGGCAGGGGUGAAAGGUGAUGCAAGAAUUUUUUUUAACUAAAAAUGAAUAUGGUAUUAAUCCAAAUAUCUAGCAAUUACAGAAUUAUGAGAACAUGGAAUAGCAUAUUGGACUAGGCAAUUUAAAACUGAUUACAAGUCGAUGUCAAACUUCUAAAUGGAAAAUAUGUAUUGUCACCUCAUCUCUACCAAUUAAUUCCAAAUGUCUAAUGGGAUUGUUUCUUAAGAAUUUUCUGUACACCCAGUUUUCAAACAAAAGAGGACCUUUGAAAAGAUACGGAGAGAAAAAGAAAGGAAAAUUUCUGUCACUUCUAAUGCUGUGAAUGUUAUUUGGAGGGUCUGUGGUCAGACAUUUUAAUGCCAAACUUAAGACCUGAUGUGGAGCCUCUGAUUAUGUGUAGUUUACAUAUACAAUCUGAAUUUGUGAGCAUAUUCAAACACACAUCAUCAUAGCAACUCCUUGUAAAAACUGAAGAAAAGCAACAGUGUACCUUUCAUUUAAAAUGUAAGUUGACUUUGACUAUGAUGGUAAAUAGCUGUUUUCAACCUGUGUAUAAAAUCUCUUCAGGGAAUAUUGGAAUGUUAUGCAAAAAUAAUUCAGGGCUUGUAGCAUAGCUGUAAACUGUGUCAUCCAUUGCAUCACAUCCAUUGUUGUCAGUAUCUGAGAGCUGGGCCAGUGGCUUUUGAUGCAUGUUGUAACAGAAGAUUUAUGAAGGAGAUGGUGGUUUGUACUUGUUCCUGAAGUCAGAAACUGGAAGGUGUUUCCAUUUUUCACAAGCAUUUUGCAUAAAUAUGUUAAUAUUUUGAGUAGUAAUGAUUCUAAAGUUGCAGGAAGGCAUUUUGGUGUACUGUGUUACACAGAGAUUACUACUCUUAAAUUGAUUUUUACCUGAAAAUAUGACAGUUUUAGGAUAAUUUGGGUAUCUUC